AAUCGAUGACAACCAACAUGUCAAUCAAGCAACAAGAUGCUAAUACCGGCGAAGAAAGAGUUUCAGAUCCCGACUUGGAAAGUCUCCUUGUCAUCAUCAUCGACACAAACCCCUCACAACGAGCAAUUCGCAGGAAUCCCCAUCAACUAACCCAGAGCCUGGACUCAAUUGUUGCCUUCGGAAAUGCUCAUUUAAUGCAAAAAUCGAACAACAAAUUGGCGGUAAUAGCAUGCCAUCAUCAUGCUACCCAAUUCUUAUACCCAAAUCCCGGCAAACCACUCACCGAAAUCCGGCAAGUGGACGGCCAAUAUGAAGCCUUUACGAUCGUCGAAAAAACAGUCAAACACAAACUGGCACAGAUGAUUACUUCCGCGCCAAAGAUUUCCGCCCCAUGUGAGUCUCUCCUGGCUGGAAGUAUGUCGAUGGCAUUGUGCUAUAUUGCAAGGAUGAAUCGUAACAAGCUCCCCGGCGAAAAGGCCCAUGCCCGCAUCCUUGUCGUCACGGGAAGCAAUGAAUGCGCUGCCCAGUAUAUGACCUACAUGAACGUAUUUUUCACAGCCCAGAAGCAGAACGUGGUGAUCGACGUUUGCGCGCUGGAUAAGUCGCUGAGUUUACUGCAGCAAGGAUGCGACAUUACAGGCGGACAGUACUUGCGGCUGCCCCAGUUGGAUGGCCUGUUGCAGUACCUUUUGUGGGUGUUCCUGCCUGACCCGGAUACAAGGAGCAAACUCGUCUUACCGCCUGCGGUUAAGGUUGACUACCGCGCAGCUUGCUUUUGUCAUCGGGAACUUAUUGAUAUUGGAUAUGUUUGUUCCGUUUGUUUGUCGAUAUUCUGCAAAUUCAGUCCAAUCUGCACAACGUGUCAUACGGUGUUCAAAAACCCCAAUCCCAUCGCACCGAAGCAGAAGAAGAAGAAACUCAAAGGAUAGUCCUUUUGGUGAACAAGUGAUUUUUUUAUGAAUAUAAGUUGUUGGUGUCAGUUGUGCUGAUCUGGGAAUAAAUUACAAUAAUAGUCGC